GCUGCCGGAGGCAGGCGACCGGCGGCCGGGGGCGGGGCGGUAGGAGCAGCGCUCCGAAGCGGGAGGGAGAUCCGCCGCGGAGUUACGGGAAAGUUGGUCCGAGUUCCCAGAGUUUCCCUCUGUGGUUCCCUAGGCUCGGCCAGCCGGUGCCCGGUCUCCUUUCCUCCUUUCGGCCUUCGCAGUCCACCAGGUCCCUCUCUCUGCCCCCGGCCGCCAUGGAGCAGCCGCCGGCACCUAAGAGGCCGAGGUUCUUUUCUGGCAGUGAGCCCAGGAACGGACAGUCACCGACUUAACGGAUAAUCAGUCCACCUUUGAUCAGCUUCUGGAUGUGCUGACAGGAGUUGGCAUGGCAGAUUUCAUUGGUCUCCUUGGUGUCCAGCCAGAUCUUUUUGCCACAGCAGAGGACGCUAAAGUAAACUAAAAAAGCUGAGUGAAGACAGUUUGACUAAGCAGCCUGAAGAAGUUUUUGAUGUAUUAGAGAAGCUUGGAGAAGGGUCUUAUGGAAGUGUAUUUAAAGCAAUACACAAGGAAUCUGGUCAAGUUGUCGCAAUUAAACAAGUGCCUGUUGAAUCAGAUCUUCAGGAAAUAAUCAAAGAAAUUUCCAUAAUGCAGCAAUGUGACAGCCCAUAUGUUGUAAAGUACUAUGGCAGUUAUUUUAAGAAUACAGACCUCUGGAUUGUUAUGGAGUACUGUGGCGCUGGCUCUGUCUCAGACAUAAUUAGAUUACGAAACAAGACAUUAACAGAAGAUGAAAUUGCAACCAUUCUUAAAUCUACAUUGAAAGGACUAGAAUAUUUGCAUUUUAUGAGAAAAAUACACAGAGAUAUAAAAGCUGGAAAUAUUCUCCUCAAUACAGAAGGACAUGCAAAAUUGGCAGAUUUUGGAGUGGCUGGUCAGUUAACAGAUACAAUGGCAAAACGCAAUACUGUAAUAGGAACUCCAUUUUGGAUGGCUCCUGAGGUGAUUCAAGAAAUAGGCUAUAACUGUGUGGCCGACAUCUGGUCCCUCGGCAUUACUUCCAUAGAAAUGGCUGAAGGAAAACCUCCUUAUGCUGAUAUACAUCCAAUGAGGGCUAUUUUUAUGAUUCCCACAAAUCCACCACCAACAUUCAGAAAGCCAGAACUUUGGUCCGAUGAUUUCACCGAUUUUGUUAAAAAGUGUUUGGUGAAGAAUCCUGAGCAGAGAGCUACUGCAACACAACUUUUACAGCAUCCUUUUAUCAAGAAUGCAAAACCUGUAUCAAUAUUAAGAGACCUGAUCACAGAAGCUAUGGAGAUCAAAGCUAAAAGGCAUGAGGAACAGCAACGAGAAUUGGAAGAGGAAGAAGAAAAUUCGGAUGAAGAUGAGCUGGAUUCCCACACCAUGGUGAAGACUAGUGUGGAGAGUGUGGGCACCAUGCGGGCCACAAGCACGAUGAGUGAAGGGGCCCAGACCAUGAUUGAACAUAAUAGCACCAUGUUGGAAUCCGACUUGGGGACCAUGGUGAUAAACAGUGAGGAUGAGGAAGAAGAAGAUGGAACUAUGAAAAGAAAUGCAACCUCACCACAAGUACAAAGACCAUCUUUCAUGGACUACUUUGAUAAGCAAGACUUCAAGAAUAAGAGUCACGAAAACUGUAAUCAGAACAUGCAUGAACCCUUCCCUUUGUCCAAAAACGUUUUUCCUGAUAACUGGAAAGUUCCUCAAGAUGGAGACUUUGACUUUUUGAAAAAUCUAAGUUUAGAAGAACUACAGAUGCGAUUAAAAGCACUGGACCCUAUGAUGGAACGGGAGAUAGAAGAACUUCGUCAGAGAUACACUGCGAAAAGACAGCCCAUUCUGGAUGCAAUGGAUGCAAAAAAAAGAAGGCAGCAAAACUUUUGAGUCUAAUUUCCUCUCUGUUUUUAACUAUUCUGGAGACCAAGAAACCACUAGGAAUUGAAGGAAUAUUUGUGUAUUUUUAAUCCUAAGAUUUUGCCCUACAAUUAGUCAGAGGUCAAAAACUGACAAUGGUACAUGCCCAGGUAAAUUCCCAAAAGGCAGAAUUGACAGUUGUAUCUGCUGUGCAUUCACUUUCAGAUGAGGAGAACAAAAGAAGUGUAUUCUCCUGUUCUGUCAGCUGCAUACCAGCAAUAAAACUGUGUUUUGAAAUGGAGGCUGCGUUUAGAGACCUUGAAAAUCCAAAGCUAUUGUUUAAUUGUGCAGCACUGAAGGGCUUUAUGUUACAAUAUUCUUUAUUCCUAUCUAGUAUACUAGUCUAUUUAUUGUAUCCCCUUAGGUAAACUUAUUUAUUUAUGCUAUUUUGCUUUGUUUUGUUUUUUAAGGACAAGAUCAGGAUAGCUUUGGUGAAGAUAGGGUCAUAUUAAUAUGAUGAUAAUGUGCAACCAAAUUAUACUUUCUGCAGGGAGCUACGGGGUACAUUCCUUGAUUUCCAGGAUAGUUUUCCAGUAGGAAAGUAAUAAUGGCAAUAGUUCUCAAAUGGGCUAGGCCUUUUUUAUAUCGAAGCAAUAAUUCCAUUUUUACCCUUUGAAAUUUUGUUUAAUUUUUUGAUUUUUGAUGUUUGGUACAAAUAGAACUAUAUAUAUUUAGGUAAAAUAGAUCUAUCGUGUUUAAAACCAAAGAAAUCAGUGGAAUCCUUGCACAAAAAAGUAUGAUAAAUAUUUUUUUUAAAAAACUUAAUACAAAUGUAACUUGUUAAUAUUGUUUUAUGUGUAGAUCUAAUAGCUGAACUGAUUCAAACUGUUAUAAGCUCAUCAAUUUCAUUUCUAUGAAAAUGUGCUCUAUUGUCACAGGAUGUUUCUGUUGAUUUUAUUCAUUUCCUGGGAAUUGGUAAACAUCAUGUGCCUGAUGAUAACCCAGUAGCAAAAACAUUUGUACUGAGUGGUACAAGCCUUGGGGACUGAAAAAAAAAAAAAAAAAAAAAAAAAAAAGAUUAAAACCAUUAAAAAGAAAUUCAUUUUUACGCCGAAUGAACAUUUGUAUGAUUGCAUUGGGACCAGUCAUUUCCUAAGCUACAUAUGGCCAUCUUGACAGUGUUUUUUCUUUUGUGUGUUUAAUUAUUACUUGUAAAUCAUAAAGACAAAUAAAUUUCACUGUGCCACCCAGCA